AUGUCGGGAGCUCUCUUCCCGCCCCCGGAGGGGCUGGGGGCCCUGGACGCCGCGAGCGGCCACCCGCUGGUGUGCCCGCUGUGCCACGCACAGUUCGAGCGCCCGUGCCUGCUGGACUGUUUCCACGACUUUUGUGCCGGCUGCCUGCGGGGCCGCGCCACCGACGGCCGCCUGUCCUGCCCGCUGUGCCAACACCAGACGGUGGUGAAGGGUCCCAGCGGGCUCCCGCCGGUGGAUCGGCUGCUGCAGUUCCUGGUGGACAGUUCAGGGGAUGGCAUGGAGGUGGUGCGCUGUGCCAACUGUGACCUGGAGUGCGGCAAGCAGGACGCAGAGACCACGUACUUCUGCAACACGUGUGGGCAGCCGCUGUGCGCGCGCUGCCGCGAUGAGACGCACCGGGCACGCAUGUUCGCGCGCCACGACAUCGUGGCCCUGGGCCAGCGCAGCCGCGACGUGCUCCAGAAGUGCACGCUGCACGCCGAGCCCUACAUCAUGUUCUCCACCGACAAGAAGUCGCUGCUGUGCAUUCGCUGCUUCCGGGACAUGCAGGGGGAGAGCCGGGCGCACUGCGUGGACCUCGAGUCAGCCUACGUACAGGGCUGCGAGCGGCUGGAGCAGGCGGUGCUGGCCGUGAAGGCCCUGCAGACGGCCACACGGGAGGCCAUCGCGCUGCUACAGGCGAUGGUGGAGGAGGUGCGGCGCAGCGCGGCGGAGGAGGAGGCCGCCAUCCAUGCCCUCUUCGGCAGCAUGCAGGACAAACUGGCAGAGAGGAAAGCGCUGUUGCUGCAGGCCGUGCAGAGCCAAUAUGAAGAGAAGGACAAGGCCUUCAAGGAGCAGCUCUCCCACCUGGCCACUCUCUUGCCCACCCUGCAGGUUCACCUGGUCAUCUGCUCUUCCUUCCUCAGCCUGGCCAAUAAGGCUGAGUUCCUGGACCUGGGCUAUGAGCUGAUGGAGAGGCUGCAGGGCAUCGUCACGCGGCCACAGCGCCUCCGGCCUGCGCAGAAUAGCAAGAUCGCCAGCGACCACCGCGCGGAGUUCGCGCGCUGCCUGGAGCCACUGCUGCUGCUGGGGCCACGUCGGGCGCCAGGGACCGGGGGCGGCACCAGCACGCUAGCAGCGGGCUCAGGCCCCAAAGCGCUGAUGGGGCCCAGCUGCCCUUCCCCAGCGGGAAAGAUGUUGGGGUCACUGGUCCAGAAGCCCACGCUGCACCGGACCAUCAGCACCAAGGUGCUGCUGGCAGAGGGGGAGGAUUCGCCCUUCACGGAGCACUGCCGCCGCUACGAGGACUCCUACCGGCGCCUGCAGACAGAGACGCAGAACCUGAAGGACCAGGCGCAGGAGCUUCACCGGGACCUCACCAGGCACCACUCGCUCAUCAGGGCGGAGAUCAUGGGGGACAUCCUGCACAGGUCCGCGCGGGUGGACGCGCACAUCGCCUCGGAGUACGCCUCCCUGGAGGGGAUGAGAGCAGUCUUCCGGGAGAUUUGGGAGGAAUCCUACCAGCGGGUGGCUAACGAGCAGGAGAUCUACGAAGCCCAGCUCCAUGACCUUCUCCAGCUGAAGCAGGAGAAUGCCUACCUGAGCACCAUCACCAAGCAGAUCAUGCCCUACGUCCGCUCCAUUGCCAAAGUGAAGGAGCGGCUGGAGCCCAGGCUUCAGGUGCCCACGGAGGAACAGCUGGACCCCCUACAGAACACACACGAGGAGGGUGUCAGUGCGGAGACCCAGGCCAGGAAUGACCCGGUGAGUGUCGCAGAGAAGAGAGAGAAAACGUCAGAACCCAGAGGGAACAGCCGGACUCUGAACAACCUCAAAGAGCCUCUGCUGAAAAACAAAGAUCCUCAUAGACCCAAACAGAAAAACGGGGGUGAGGUCCCCCCACGGAAAGAGCGCCCGACUUAGCAAACAGGGCUGGUCCUGAGGGUUGGGCAUUUUACAGCACGCAGGUCAAGACUGGGAUAUUCAAGAAAGGUUGUUCCCAUCACGUCCUAAAGGGUAAUCACUCAUCAGCAGAAAACCCCAGACACUCUGAUCGGUGCUGAUCUCAGAUUCUUUGGCUUAAGCUUCAUUCUUCCCCACGUUUGCGCCGCACAAAGUCUCGGUCCUCAUCACGGGGACCAGGGGCGACACCGCAGUCUACGUGGAAAACGUGAGCAUGUGAAGGUACAUUGCGAGCCCCUCGCUGGCCUGGCACCUCCGUCUGCGUGUGAGCACCAGGCCCUGCACCCGUCAGUUGCGCCGAGCUCAGGUCGCAAGGCUGCCACUGCCACCUCCGUGCAGCGCCUGCCCGAGGUUCAGGGUGUCAUGAACCACGGCCCCCGCCAGAAAGUUCCAGCCGGUAAUCUGAGUGCUGACUCAGCAAAAGGGAAAACCCGUCACUCCUGCUUCCUCCUUUGACGCAAGGACUGAGCUCACACGGAAAGGAGAGGCGGCUGGUGGCACCGGCUGCGGGAGACGGUCACUACAGCUUCUCCACAACUUGUUCCUGCUUCUCCAGACGACUGUCACUCUCGUGUUCACCUUCUACUGAUAGUAAAGGAGGAUUCAGAGUCAAUUUUUCUCCAGAAAUUGCUACUCCUGCAUGGUGCCCUUUCUAUCAAGCAGAACUUCACAAAUGCUUUAAAAAGGAAAAUUAACCCAGAUGACCUGAAAUUCUAAGUUUUGGAAGUAAAAUGUCCACACAGUCACAUUUUAAGGAAAUAUCCAGCUUGAUUUCAGUGGUUCAAACAGCAAAUGGAUGGGGCAACUGGGUGGCUCAGUGGGUUAAGUGUCUGACUUCA